AUUAGUAUAAUGGUUAAAACUUCAAAAAUAAUAGUAUGUGGAAUGAAAGGUGUAGGUAAAACUUCUAUUUUGGAGCAAGCAAUUUAUGGGAAUAUUACCUCAUCAGAAAUUCAUCCCACUAUAGAAGAUAUAUAUGUAGCAAAUGUUGAAUCAGAUAGAGGAGUUAAGGAAAAAUUAAGGUUUUAUGAUACUGCUGGGAUUGAACAUUCACAAACAAGUACUGCAAGCGGUACCACUAGUCAACAAUUACCUCGACAUUAUUUAGCUCUAGCAGAUGGAUAUAUACUAGUAUAUGAUAGUGAGAAGCCAACAUCACUAGAUGUACUAGUUGCUCUCAAAAAAGACAUUGAAAAAAAUAAAGACAAGAAAGAGGAAAGUAGCACUAUUGCAACUAAUUAUUACUGAACUUAAAAUUUAAUGUUUUAGGUUGUUGUUAUUGUUAUUGGUAAUCGCACAAAAGAAACUGAAAAUAAUUACUUUGAAUCAACCAUCAGUAAGGCAUCUUCAUGGUGCAGUAGAGAGAAAAUUCGACAUUUUAAUGUAUCAGCAUUAAAUCGGGUUACUUUGUAUGAAGCAUUUGUAUAUCUUGCAAGUAAGCUUAACCCCCCUCCUAGUAAGAGUACCUUUCCACAACUGACAAUGGGUAGAAAAGUUUUAACAAAAGAUAUUUAAUAACUUAUGAGCUCUCUCUUAACUACUUAAAAUUGUUUGUAUUUUGUAUCAAUAAAAAUUAACAUUUCUCUA